CCACAGCAUCUCAGUUCUCUAUAUAUAUGCAGCUGACCUGUGGUCAGUACAACAGACUUCAGCACACCAGUUGACUUCUUACUGCCUAUCAUUCGCUGUCAGCACACACACGAACCCACAAUGAGCUGCUACAUCUCAGAGCUUGAUGUGUCCCUGAAUGAAGCUGAGGAGGGAGAGCUUACAAAUAGAGGCUUCAAGAAAAUCAAUAUUGAUCUGAACAAAGGAUCAGGAGGAAAUUUCAUCUAUCUUUGGUACAAAAAUGGAUCAGAGGCGAUCACCAAGGUUCAAGUUUCCUUCAAUGAUGAGAUGGCUGAUGGUUUGACCAAAGCAUGCUACACAAAGAUCGACAAAGAUCUCAAUGCUGGAGCAGGAGGUAGUCCCCUCUACCUUUGGUUCUUCAAAGGGUCCGGAGAGUUUGAUACUCCCAUAGUGGACAUUAGUGUCACUACAGAUGCAGCCAAUGAAGCUGAAAAGUUUGCAAGUGGUUGGCAGAGAGUGGCCUGUGAUCUGAACCGCGGGGCUGGGGGGAACUGGAUCCACUUGUGGCUGAAGAGAGAGAAACAAACCUACAUCUGUGAUGUCGAUGCCACUGAUUCCUACGGAUCAGACAUGGACCUCUUUCAGAAUGGCUACAUCCGUGUGGAUGAAGAUACUAACAGAGGUGCAGGAGGAGCCUAUGUCUUCAUCUGGUACCGUCAGACCACCGACCCCGAGAAGGCACUCGAAAAUCUGCAAGUCUCCAUCACUGAGGAUCAGUAUCUGGAAUAUCAGCAGCAAAAUUACCAGUCAGUGGAUGUUGACCUGAACAAAGGGACCGGAGGUAACAAAGUGAUCCUGUGGUACAAGAAAAGAUCCAACCCAAUAAAGGCCAUCGGCCUGCUUGUCAACCAAGAUGCGGUUAAAGAAUAUCCGGAGGCUGGUAUCAAACUUAUCAUGGGCAAUCUCAACGCGGGCAACAAGGGCAACGUUGAGCACCUGUAUUUCUAUCAGUAAAGUCAGAGCUGAGAGUUCUCAACACUCACUGAAGUGGAACGCAUCUUACCAUUUUGUUAAAUCAUUCGGUGAUGGCCACUUUCUUUUCCUUUUUAAAUCAGUGCUACUAGUAAUAAUACAAAGUAUGAAUAUAUCAUGCGUUCUUCUGUUAAUCUCCCUGUCAAUGAAAUCAAACUAUUCCAAAUGUCUGUUUUUCAAAUAUAAUCUGAACGAAUGAUUAAAUCUUAAGGCACUGUUUCACUUAUUCUGCACAUGUCUGCUCUCAAUAAAGAAACCUUUGCAUGUGAAA